GGUUUUGAAGUCUAUUGACUAAUUACCAAACCAAUUAUUCUUCUUUCUGUAAAAAGAAAAACAAGUAUUUUUGAAGUGAAUAAAAAGAAAGAGACAAAACAGGAAGAAAACAUUAUUCUGUCUUGCUUCUCACUUCGACUCUGAUUUGGAUCUCAAUCUCAAUCUUCAAGCUUACUCGAAACAAUGACCAAGAUCUUCUACUACUUCUUUAUCAUCAAUUUUCUUCAAUCUUCACCACAAAUCCAAUCCCAAACCAUUCCAAGAAACAUUAGCAUUUUCAUCUUGGCGGGGCAAAGCAACAUGGCGGGUCGAGGCGGAGUUUAUAACGACACCGCCACAAACAACACCGUGUGGGACGGCGUAAUUCCGCCGGAAUGUCGAUCAAACCCUUCGAUCCUCCGUCUCACGGCCAAACUCGAGUGGAAAGAGGCUAAAGAGCCACUACACGUUGACAUUGAUGUUAACAAAACCAAUGGUAUUGGACCAGGAAUGUCAUUUGCAAACCGAGUGAUUACCCGGUUUGGUCAGGUGGGUUUGGUUCCGUGCUCUAUCGGUGGGACUAAACUAAGCCAAUGGCAAAAAGGUCAGUUUCUUUACGAGGAAACGGUUCGGAGGUCCAAAGCGGCGGUGGCUAGUGGUGGUGGCUCGUACCAGGCGGUUUUGUGGUAUCAGGGUGAGUCGGAUACGGUUGAUAUGGUUGAUGCUUCAGUUUAUAAGAAGAGACUAGUCAAGUUUUUCAAUGAUCUUCGAAAUGAUUUACAUCAGCCAAAUCUUCCUAUUAUCCAGGUGGCUCUAGCGACAGGAGCAGGACCAUAUCUUGACGCGGUGAGAAAAGCUCAAUUGAAGACAGAUCUUGAGAACGUGUAUUGUGUUGAUGCCAGAGGCCUACCACUUGAACCGGAUGGUUUGCAUCUGACCACUUCCUCUCAGGUCCGGCUCGGUCACAUGAUAGCUGAGAGUUUCUUGGCCAUUCCCAAUUCAGCUCAACCAUCGCUCUACAUGCAUUUUUCCUCCUUGUUAUGUUCCCUCUUUGUUUCUUUAAAUAUUUUUGGAACUAUCUUUCAUUUUCUUUAACAAUUCUUUUCUCUGUUUUGGAUUCGUCAUGAUAUUUGUUCAUAUUAUUCAAGAUCAACUUUAUAUACCGCAACA